ACUCUCCUGCAAUAUGGUGGCGCCAGUGAAGAUUUACCUGGUGUUUUAUAAUGUUGUACUGACGCUAGGAUGGGGUGUGAUUCUUGUCCUCGCAGUACAGCACUUGACAAAGAAGAAUACUCAUAUUGGGCUUUACGACUCGGUGGAAAAACCCCUCAAGAUUUUUCAAUCUGCAGCCAUCCUAGAGGUAUUACACUGUGCAGUAGGUAUAGUGCCAUCUUCAGUUGUUCUUACAGCAUUUCAAGUAGCUUCAAGACUCUUUUUAACCUGGGCAGUGGCUCACAGUGUCCCUCAAGUUCAUGACAAUCCUGGUGUGGCAGGGUUUGUUUUAGCUUGGUCCAUCACAGAGGUUAUUCGCUAUUCAUUUUAUGCAUUUUCCUUGUUGGACAGUUUGCCCUAUGUACUUCAGUGGUGCAGAUAUACUUUCUUUUUUUUCCUCUAUCCCAUUGGCGUGACAGGUGAACUGGUGACAAUAUACUCCUCUCUUGGUCAUGUUUCCAAGUCUGGUCUGUACAGUGUGUCCAUGCCAAAUUGUCUCAAUUUUUCCUUUGAUUAUCAUCUCUUCCUGAUCGUGGUGAUGUUCUCGUAUAUUCCAAUCUUUCCGCAACUUUAUUUUCACAUGAUCCGACAAAGAAAGAAGGUUAUUGGUGGAAAAGUCAAACCGCAAUAACUUGAGGCUCCAACCGUCCAGUUGAAAGGCGGGAGGAACUUAAGUCAAGAUAUGUUUGUUAAUUUUUUUUUUUCGAUUUUAACACUAAGUGACGGCGGUGUCAAGCCACAAGUUGAUUGAUCGUUGAACUGUUGUGUAUUUGGCCCGUGUCUCGAAAGUUCCGGUAACUAACGGCCCCAAGCCAUGCUCUGAACAACAGUUGUUUGGGUUAUACAUGCAGCUCAAAAGUUAUUUCCAUAUUGUUAUAAUAUCUGUUAUUUUUAUCGUAUUAAUUUUAAAACUAUUAGUAUCUCGAUCUUGAAUGAACACACGGCGAACAAGAAUCAUUUUCCGGGAUCGGUGAGUACCGGAACUUUCGGCGUAGGAGUGGCAUAGGACAUAGUAAGGGACAUUAGUUGGUGUGUGCAAAAUUUAGCUCUGUGUGUUCUCUGCCUCCAAAAAAAAAAUGUGAUUCAUUUUAGCGCUGCGAACGGUUCAGGGGAACAAAAUAACAGUUCUGUUACACUUACGAAUAAGACUUUCACAAAAGUCAUAUUUGUCACUCGAAGCUAAUUUGCCCGCAAGCGGCCUAUAAACGUGUCUAUAAUAAAAUAUAUUUUGAAAAUUCUGAAUAUGUUUUUCAAACAAAGAUAUUAUUUUGAUUUUUGCUAACUACGAGAUGUAAUUUAUUGAUUGAAUACAUUUAAUAAAAGAGCCUUGGGAACAGUA